UGGUGAUUUUCGACGUUUUUCAUGCAAGUGUAUUGAAAUGGUUAGUUAACAGGUGGAAAGGAGCAUAUCAAUCGAUAGAGCAAGUCGAGAUGCAUAGGAAUAUAUGUUUGUUUGUAAAUUUUAGUGCGAGAGAGCGAAUAAUUUAAGGAAAUACAGUUUUUAUGAAAUUGUUCCCAUGGAGAAAAAAGACUUUUUGAUAACUAUGAAACGUUCCAUGAGGUUAGUAUAAAGUCUAAGGAUACCGUUUGAUAGAGCUCGUCGAGUUCUAUCUGGCACACAACAAACGAUAGGUGGCACAAGUUGUCAGGUGAAUAAUAUAUAGAAAAACUCGAAUCGGCUGCUAACUUCUUCUACAUAAUAGAACAGAGUUCAAUUCGAAGCACAAUUUAUUUGAUUCAUCGUGUUGUAAUAGCUAGGAUAGUUAUGUAGAUUAUUUCAAAUUAUAAGAAACAAAAGAGUCGAAAUUGGUUAGGUCAUUUUUCUAUGUCAGAUGAGCGACUUUUUUUCACGUAUAUGCUCGCUCCUUCUUAUGAUUAUACCAUAUUCAGGUAGAUCGUAAAAAAAUACACAUAUUACGUUCAAAUAGACUUUGAAAAAUUAGAGGUAAUACGUCCAGAUAGAUCUUAAAAAACUAUGGGUAUUAUGACCAGAUUGGCCUUAAAAAAAUUACAAGUAGUACGCCCCUGUAGACCUUGAAAGAUUAUCGUGUUGAUAGAAGAAGGAUAGAAAGUAGGUUGGAUGAUAGCAUAGUAAGAACUGUCGUGUGAUCAGCUAGCUUUUUCUAUAUGAAGUGAGGCACAUUUCUUUAGCUGAUAUGCUUGUCUCGCUUCUCAUGACCUGAUAAAGUUGCUUAUGGAUCCAACAUAAAAUGGACUGUAACUAAUGUCUAACGCAAUCUCAUCGAAAAGUAGACUGAUGAAUCGUAUGAGGCGUAAAAGUGUUAUUGAAAAAUCAGGCUCUACUGUUCAUCAUCACUCUCAAACCCAUGUUUUGUUUUGAGUUUUUUUUUCAUUCGAACACACGAUUUCUUUAGUUUUGACAAAUUUAUAUGUACAGGUAAAAGUAAAUAAACGCAAAAAAAUCUGUCACCAAUAAAAGAUUCAUGAAUAAAGAAAAACUUCGUUGUUGUUCGGUUUGUGUUAUUUUGAUGCGUUGACGUCGUAACGGUGAAAAUUUUUCAUUCUGUCUAGAAAAGAGCGGAGAAGCAUAAAUAUUUGAUCAUUAGGGUGUGUGUGUGUUGGUAUGAUUGUGAGAUGAAUAUAAUGAUGAAAUCCUCAUUCACACUUUGUAAAUCAAAGAACACUAAGAUAAUUUAUUGAAUAUAUCAAUCCUGCGCAUCAAAAGGGUACUGUAAACGGAAUAAUUCCAGAUACUCUCUUGAGUGAGAUUAGGAAGAGUGAAAUAUAAAUUCUCCACCAUUAUAAUUACGAUGUGAAUUUCGUAGACCAUGGGACAGGGGCAAUUAAUGGAAAUUUGCUGCCUAGUUUUUGUUAGUAUUUUAAAGCUGCUGCCAUUACUUUUAUAAAAUGGAUUAUCAUCGUCCAGUUCCAUCCACGCAGACACAUCUGGAUUUGCCUUUAUCUCAUCCAUAAAUACUUAUUUUUUUUCUCAUGAUAAUUUUAUGCAGCUCUAUAUUACUUGUCCUUUUUCUUUGUUGUUUUGCCAUGAGUUAUUUUUAAUUUUUAUUUGAGAGCACAAAAUAUGUGAGAACAGAUAACAGCUGCAUCGAUUUUCUUUCUCAGUUACUACUAGUAUAUAUUCGAUAAGCUUAUACACUACUCCCAUCAUUUCGAGAUGUUCUUCAGCAAGUUUAUCGUAGUUGUAUUGGCAUUUACAUGCCUCUCGGGAGUUUGCGCACAUUGUGAGUUACGACACAUAUUCUACUUACUUUCUAAUCACUAUUUUCUUUUAAAUUAUCUUACUAAUUAGAUGUCUGGCAUUCUGUCGAUCAUACAGUUCCUUGGGAUGUUGUUCGCAGAACAGACAACUAUCAAUCCCAAAAUCCUAUCAUGGAUGUAAAUGAUAUCAACUUCCGAUGCUACAGCAGUGGUCGAACUGCUCCACACACAUAUACUGUCGAAGCUGGAAGUCAAAUCACCUUCCAUUCGAAUAAUCAACUCUACCAUAUUGGGGUUGCCAACGUCUAUAUGGCCAAAGCACCAGGCAAAGUCGUCGACUUCGACGGUUCUGGCAGCGUAUGGUUUAAGGUCUUUGAGAUCCCUGCUUAUCCCGAUCCAGCUGGACAUCAAUAUCCAACCUUUCCUUCUUCAGGUAGUCAUAUUCUUUAUUCUAAUUAUUGUUGUAAUCUAUUUCAAUUUGUUCGUAUUUCUGGAGAUUCCUAUAAAACGAUAGCCAAAAAUACUGUGUUUCAAAAUCUGUACUCGUUCUAGUACCUUCUACGUCCUGAGCACAUAGCCCUUCAUGACUUCCAUGGUGGCGCUCAAUUUUAUAUAUCUUGUGCACAACUGAACAUAACAAACGGUGGAAAUGGUACUCCAGGACCUCUUGUUUCAAUCCCAGGAAUGUAUACUGGCGAAGAACCUGGCAUCAAAUUCAAUCCAUUUUCAUAUCCCAAGCCAACCACCUACAUACAACCAGGACCAGCGGUAUGGAGCGGCUAA